AAUAAUUGACGCACGCAAACAGUUUCAAACUGAAAAGACACUCAAUUUUAUGACACGUUUUUCGUAUACUAGCCACUGGAAAAUGAACUAUGGCGUACACGCUUUGAAUCGAUUUCAGGUAGACUAGAAACUGCCUUUUUUUAAAAAUUGCUCCGUAAACACCGCGCCUGCGCACUGAUCCGAGUCGGUGCUGCUGUUUUCUGCUUUUGGGUCGAGCGGGUGGGAAACUUGGGUUUCCUUGCAAAAAGCAGCUGCCGGAGCCAAGCUGCCAAUGUGCAGACAGACAUCGCAUCGCAUCGCACCGCACACAGUGACCGAAGGAACAUUAUUCAUAUAAAAUACCGUUCAUUCAUUUCUAUUCGUUGUGCAUGCGAGGCGAGAAGCUCGAUCCUGCGGUGGCUGAUCUUGGCUGAUGUUCUCCAGUUUUGAGAUGAUCUAUUUUUGUGAUGGCGAAGGGGCUGUUUCCACUGGCCUGGGUGAAGAAGUCAUUCUAUUUCCAGGCUCGUAUUUACUUUGUGAGGGUGAAGUACUUGUUCCUCACCUGGCUGACGGUGUUAGUGGGGAGCUGGGUACUCUACGUGCAAUACUCGGCCUACACGGAGCUGUGCCGAGGACACCAGUGCAAAAAUGCCAUUUGUGACAAAUACAGGCGAGGAAUCAUUGACGGCUCGGCCUGCAGUAGCCUGUGUGAUAAAGACACAUUCUACAUGAGCAGAUGUCUGUCAACGCUGCCAAACAACCAGGUGUACACGGGAAGUUGGGGUGAUCACGAAGGAAUCGUUCGCUGCCAUUUGGGGGAAGUGACACACUAUGAGAUGGGCGAGGAGCCGGAGCCGCACAGGGAGGCGCCUGUUUUCGAGACCCCCACCAAAGGGACGUCGGUGGAGAAGUUCCGAGAGAUGGUCUUUCAUCAUGUCAAGUCCAAGCUCGGAGAUCAGGCUAACCUCGGCGGUCUGGUGAGCGUGAUCCUGUCGGUGGCGGACGGCAACAAAGACGGAAAAGUGUCCCUACCAGAAGCUCGCUCCACGUGGGCCCUCCUGCAGAUUGACGAGGUGCUUCUGGGCCUGCUGCUUCAGGAGCGCGGCCACACCCCUCGCCUCCUGGGCUACUGCGGCGACCUCUACAUGACGGAAAGGGUCCCCCACGGUCCCCUGUACGGUUUCUCCAUACCUUGGCCGCUGGUGUCCUGGGUCCCCGGUGGCCUACGGCGCACCGUGGACCAGUGGUUCGCUCCGUCGUGGCCUCGCAAAGCCAAGAUCUCCAUGGGCCUCCUGGAGCUGGUGGAGGACGUCUUCCACGGCACGUACGGCAGCUUCCUCAUCUGCGACUUGGCGGCGGCUCGCUUCGGCUACACCGACGGCCACGAGCUGCGCCUCACCGACACCCGGGCCGUGGUGCCGGAAAGCCAGUUCCGGCGGGGCAUGCGGGCGCUGCGCUGCGAGACGGACGCCGAAUGCGUGUACGGGGCCGACUGCCGGACGUCAUGCAACGCCGCCGAGAAGCGCUGCAGGGAGGAGCCCGUCCGGCCCAAUCUGGCCAAAGCGUGCGGUACGCUGAAGGACUACCUGCUGCACGGGGCGCCGUCUGCUCUGCGGGAGGAGCUGGAGAGGCAGCUGUACGCCUGCAUGGCCCUCAAGGGCGACGCCGGCCAGCUGAACAUGGAGCACUCACUGCUACUCAACAACUUGAAGGCUCUGCUGUGGAGACAGAUCUCGCACACGAAGGACUCGUGAGCCGGUCGCAGUCUCGUCUGACAACGCUGUGAUACGACAUGUCAACAAGAGCACAUUUCACGUGACACUAAUCACACAAAAACAUUCGGGAUAUUGGUCCUUGGGACUUGAAAGUUAAGUUGCGGGUGAACUGAAAAUUCACUAUAACUUGUUGUCAUGGAACUUCAUUUGACCUCUCCACUUUUGAGCGCGUGCACGUCAAAGUGUUCAAUCACAAAGAGCUGAACAGAGGAAUUCACAACACAUCGGCUUGGGUGAGAUGGGAUUUUUUUUUUUUUUUGUCUUUUGUGCUUAGCUUUCUUUUGUAGUUACUCAAAUGACUUGAUGAAUAAUUUCAACACCAAAUUUUGUUUCAACACUUUUAGCAGAGCCAGCUGUUCUCUGUUAAGGAGCUGAAGAGGAAAAUUCACAACAACUGGGGCUGGCCAUAUGGCUUUUCUUUUGUCAUCAAAUGAUUUGAUUGUUUCCAUCCAUCAUUUUUGCACAACUUUGUUUUUCCUGAUAAGGCGCUGAACAGAAAAACCCACAACACAUCAAACUUGGUCAUAUGUUUUCUUAAGCCGUUUAUGGAAUCAAAUUAUUCUAAUUGAUUUCCGUAGUAAAUCGUUUCAAACUUAAUUUGGUACAACACAAUUUGCUGUUCUCCAACAAGAAACUGAACAAAGAAUUCUAUUGAUCAUUUCCAGCCCUGGUUUUGUUUCAGUAGUUCAUGCGCACCUCGCUGUUCUCUCGCAAGGAGCCGAACGACAACAGAGAGACUGGACAGUGUUGUCACUCGGCUCCUUGUGCAAAAAAGUAGCGAAACGUUGAACAGUUGGAGCUCAGUGAAGGUCAAUUAAGUUCACCGGUAAAGGUUAUCAUGUAUUUUAGAUUCAUCCUGAAAAUUCACCCCAAAGUCCAAUUCUACUCGAUCUAAUGAGGUGAUGCAAUACAUGCGCAAAAGUUCACAAGGCUUCCCUGUUAAAUCAAUCACAGGUUGGUCUUUAUAAUUUCCUUCAGUCCCACCUGAAUCUUAAUCCUGAUAUCCUUGACAAUUGCGUUCAAACUUACUAUAUGGAUCUUUAUUUUUUUUAACUUCCUGUCGGUGAAAUAAUGGAAGGACCCCGUUUAAUGUAUUGACUUUUGCAUGUUUUGUUUUUGAGCGACGUAUUCAGAUGUUGGAUUAGUUGUGAACCUUCCGCUACCCCCCCCGUUCCUUGUUACAUUGUCAAAACCCUUGACUGGUCCCAUGAUGGGUUUUGUUCCAAAUUUGGAAGCCCACCCGCUGCUUCUUCAAUGUCACAUUCUCAAUGGAUUUCAGUACUCAAGAGUGGGACAUUUUGGGCAUUGCUAAGCAACUGACUUGUCAAUCUACGAUCAAGAAGCACAAUCGUUCACCCGUGAGACAAGAAGGCUUUUUCCUUUCGAGCCUUGGGCCGCCAUUUUUGUUCAGUGUUUGUGUUACACAUGAACUCGAAUAUUAAUGAUCAGAGCUGUACAGUUAUUCGUGAAUGUUAGCCACUUUUUUUUUUCUAGAAAAAGAAUGACUGAUUGCGCCGCCUCAUUUCCGGGUUUGGCCUAUCACGGUGCCGUAAAACACAUGCUGAAAUAGUCUGAUGAAUGUUUGAAGCGAAGCUUUUUCGCAAUGUAUCAAAAAAAAAAAUGCACAAGGUCUCUUGGCGAUGAAUUUUGGAAAACUUGUUGUGAGCUCUCGAGAAAAGCUGAAGGAACACUCAAUGCUGCUGUGCGGAACGAGAGGUUUGGGCAGAAAAACGCACGCAUGAUUUUGCACAACUGAGAAUACAGUGCACACACUUUUGCUGUCUUUCACCACAUGCCUCAUUUCCUUUUUUUUUUUUUUGAGUCACCGAAGUGGGACAUGGAAAGGGGUGAAAUCUGAGGUUGAAGCAUGAAUAAAGCAUAACUGAAAUA